AUUUUUUAACUACUUACGUGAGGGCGUUUUUUAAAUUUGAAAAUAGACGAGGCAUUAUGUUAUUUUCCUUCAAGGCCUGAGAUGUCGUAGAACCAUUUUCGCAAUUCAUUACGUACAAUAUAAGCUCAGAUUGACACGCUAAAGCAAAGUAUGCAUCUUCUCCACUGGGCGACAAAAAGCUGGUCGCAGCGUGAGGUACUGCGCUUGAUGCGGCAUUUUGUGUAUCAAUAACAUAGAAGCUGCUUGGAUCACGCACAGAAGAGUUAUUAGCUUCGUGAAAUAUUGAAAAUGUUUGUGAAUCUUUGAAAUCUAUUGACGCUCCACCUGUGGCUGAUUGAAAAUUGCUCGAUCCAGUUUUUAAACUAACACUGCUGGCUCCACCAUCUGACAAAGUGUCUGGAUGUGGGAAUUUUAUAUGAUGUAAACUACAAACAGUUGUCACUAGAAUAGUGACAAACCGAUCUUGCUCGCUUAUUGCAACAUUUAAAACAGGAGUGUCGGAAAAUUUGUACCGAACAUUGUUUUUAUACAAAGUGAAAUCCAAACAAACUUCCGAUAGUUCAAGGACAUCUUGGUAGGUGUGCCUAUGGUGAGAAAUGUAUAAUUAUAAGUAAUGGUAGCAUCGCAACUGUUACAUUAGUACCAAUAAAUAAAGCGAUUCCGGUUGUGAUUUAGUUGCACAUUUUGGUAGCAAUAUCCGCCUGCCUUUUCCACAACUUUAAUAUCUUGUAGAGUGCUUUGUGUCGCGCCUAGGGGUAUAUGAAAAAGGACGUACAAAAAAGUGCAUGUUUAAUAUUUACCAAGUUCUCUUACCAGUAUUCAAUUGAAUCUCGGUCCAAUCUUCCUGACAAGAAGUGUCUGGUAAAACUUCUCGAUAAAAUAAACUUGGACCAUCCAUUGUUAUAUCAAUAUUUGGAAUUUUUAACAAAUAAAUAUAAAUUUAUUUACUUCAAUAACUUAUUGAAUGAAUCGCGGUUUAAUUUACAUUCCUAAUACCAAUAUAACCUCACAGAAUAUAGCAUCGAUAAUACAGCUUCUAACAAGUAAGCCACUUUCCCAACAGCUGAUUUAUAACGAUUUUGAAUUAUAAAUUUAAACGUAAAAAUAAACAAAACUAUCAUUAAUUAAUAAAACAGUAAUUUUGAAUCAAAAUUGUCAUUAAUCUUUAAAUUAUCCUUGAUUGUAAAUCAAAUUCGCUUCAUAUGUACCUAGUAAUUUAUUUUUGGUCGAUAAGGUUGUGAUAAUUAAUUUUGAGGACUGGUAACAACAUAUCAAAAGCAGAGAACGUAUAUCAUAAUAAACGUGCACUGCCAAAAGUGGCGGGCAAUUACAGAUUUUGUUAUGGUAUUUCUUUUUGUUUUCCUUUGUCACAGAGCAGAGAACGUAUAAACAUAAUUGACAGUUCGCCGAUAAUCGCCGCACUUAUAUACGCGCCUUUAGAGUGUGAUAGCAUUUUCUUACUAUUACUUUUUUCUUCAGUUUUUGUUUCACCAUUCAUAAGUUUUGUAUUUUUGCCAAAUAAUUACUUAGUCAGCCUAUUUGGGUAGAAUUUCGGAGCAUUUGAUGCAACAAUCAAAAGUCAUGCACUUUUGCCGUAUAUGCCGUACGGAAAAGAAUCUUAAAUACACAGUCAAAGAGCUCCGGAAAUAUAGUCAAAAGCGAUGUGACGAUAAUUUACUUUAUACUACGCCUACAUUGGGCAAUAUUUGUCACGAUUGUGAAGAGCGGCUGCACAAUUUUCAUAGGUUGAAUGAGAAUGAAGAUAAUGAGGAACGGAUAAUCGUCGAUGACGACGAAUUAUUGUACAAUUUAUUUUUCGAAAAAGUGGAGCAACACCGCCUAAUGAAACGCUUAAUGGUAGUUGGAGCAGGCGGUGGUGGAGGUGAAUGGAACACCACGAGUUUGCGACAACAAACUUUAGUGGCAGCUACGGCUGGUGUAGCUGUUAACAUUGGAGAUGAAGUUAUUGAAGUGCUGACGUCACGCGAAAACACUCCUUCACCUGCGUUGCCAAUAUCCUCGACACCAAGGUGCGUUGUGCAGUCGGCUGUAAAAAUACGCACCAGCGCUUCCCCCAAAAAGGACAUUACUGCCACAACAACCAGAAAUGAAAAGUCCACUCUAAAUAUUACUGCCACAAAAAAUACUACCUCAACUAGAAUCACUGCCACAACAGAAAGUAUAGCUUCAAAUGUAACCGAUAAUUGCACUUCAUAUAAAGUUUUGGCCGUAAUUGAUUUGGAUGCCGAAGAAGAUGUACAAGCAGACAAAGUUCCUACUCUGCUGACACCUCAAAACACAUCAGACACAGAUGAAGAGGAAAUAAUUUUUCGGAAGGUUGAUCCUGAGAAUGACAAAUAUACACACAAGGAUGGGAGAACAAAACAGAAAUCUCGAAAAGGAAAAUACCAACAAGGCCAGAUUAAUUUAAUUGCCAGUCUAAGUUUGGUCUCAAGUGACAGCGAUUCAGAUGUUGAAGUUACCGACCCAGAUUGCAGUCCAAUCAAACAAAAAGACACGACAACUACCAAGGACAAUGAGUGUGUAAACACAACUCAACUUUCUCCGCCCUUGAGAUGUAUAAAUAAUAUUAAAAUACCUCCUACAAUUUUAGUGGAGAAUAUUCAACAAGAACGUUUGGAAGCUGUUAUUAAAUGUCCAGUUUGUCAGACAGAUUUCGCCGACAGCCAACGUCUAAUACACCACUUGCGUCGAAAGCAUCGUUCUUACAAUGGAGAAGUUUUGUCGGAGCGUCCCCGUUGCGCACAGGAUUCCGCUAUGACUAUAAGGUUGCGAUACAUGCAACGUUACAUAUAUUAUGAAUGCCAGCUGUGUGGUUGCAUUGAUGCAGUUUUUAAAAUGCAUAAGCAGCAUGUUAUGCAAAAGCAUGCCGAAGAGUCGAAAUCUUUAAAAGAUCCAAUGAUGCUGACUCUUAAAUGCCCAGUAUGUAAAGAAAAGUGCGGUUCACAACAUACAGAACUUUUGCGGCACAUGUUGUAUUCUCACAAGGCUACAGAAUGUAGAGAACACUUUCGGCAAAUUACCCAAUUGCGAAAUUUAUUCUCCAAUUGUGGUGCAAAGAAGGAAAAGGAGCUAAAACGUACGGCGCGCAUAUAUCAAAUCACUACGCGCAAACAAUACUUUUUCGAAUGCGUUCAAUGCCUCAAAAUUGUCACCGGUUAUUUUAAUUAUGUCAAACAUCAAAACACUCAUACUAAAUUAGUUCCCAUAAAAAGUACAGAAAAUCUUGUUUCGGAGACAGAUUCAACAACGACAACUUCGUCUUCAUCAGAACCUGAAUUGAAACGGAUAAAACAUAUUUGCAGCGAAACAAAAUCUAAAUUUGAAAAGCCAAAACCUAUUCUGACCGCAAAAGAACUGAAUACCAAACGGAAAGUGUCAGUUCCUCAACCUACUGUUGCCCAGAAAAGUGGUCAACCACAGUCACGGCGAGAGCGAAAAUUGACCAAAAAGGCUGUUCAAGCUGCAUUGGUUAAAGUUAAAGUGAAGCCACCGCUAAAACAGUUACCGACACAACGAUACAAAUGCAAUUUCUGUGUACAACUAUUUAAGGGAUAUCAUCGCUUGAACCUGCAUUUACUACGCGCUCAUGCUUUUUAUGACGGGAAUUUGCGCUGUGAAAUCUGCAUGUUGCGCUUUCUGAACAUCAAAGAGUUUGAAGCACACGAGGGAGAACGACACAAAUGCAAACAAAAGCGCAAAAGAGUGGCGACUUGCCCAGUCGAGAACAACGAAGUGUUGCCUAAAGAGGGUGACCUAGCAAUAAACCCUAAAAGGCAGCGCUUAAAUAUUGAAAAAUUUUUCUUGCCAGAAAAUCCGGAUAUCGGAAAACCGGAAGCUGCAAGUCCAACAUGGUUACAAGAUUUGCUUGCAUUAGCGACGAAAAAGCAAACUCAAAUAUCCACCACUGCCAACAAUAGUAAAAACCAUGAGAAAUCAAUACCAGAUUGUACUAAUCAAUCAAUUAGUCUAGAAAUGUGUGAUAGAGACAAGAAAAAUGGUUUUAAUAGAUUUCCGAUGGCUACUACUUCUCACCAGUGCCUUUAUUGUAGCCAUCUUUUCAGCAGUGUUUCAGAGUUACAAUCACACGAAAUGAGGCAUGUGCAACAACAGGAAGUUAAAAUUUUUAAACGCAGUGUAAUUAAUAAUGUAACCUUUACGGCAACCGCAAGAUGAGUUAUAAGCCAAAAACAGAAUAUCGUUAUGUCUUGAAGUUAUUUCACUAAACAUUUUUUGGAAACCAGCAAUUGUAUGUAAAGUGCAUUUACACGUUUUCUUUCAUAAUAAUAUAAAUUUGUCGUUUAUUUGAAAAUUUUUAAUGCUAUAAAUAAUACAUACAUACAUGUAUUGCUUUUGCAAAUGCCCGCAGUGUAGUGUUACGAAAAUGUGUACCUUAAAUGUAUUAAAUUAAUUUGCAUUAUAACUCAGACCCAUUUUGUUUAUAACCUACGUAACUGCCAGUUUCGUGAUAAACACCUACCAUCAUAAUGCUGUAUGGAUUCAAAUGUUGACAAGUCUGUAUAAUUUCGUAGGAUACAAUUGUAUAAAGUACGUAUUUGGAACUACAAAUGUAAACCAAUGUUAAAAAUGUAUAGAAAUAUCGGAGUUUAAUUUAAACGAUUUUAGUUUCAUAUAAAAAAUUAUACAUAUUUAUGUAUUUACAUUUUUAAGUACAUACUUUAAAUUCUGACUGUGUAUAAAAGCUGAUUUCUCAUUAGUUGUUUCAAUUAUUUUUAUAAAUUCAAUUCCAAACAUUUGGAAAAUAAAUUUUGGAAAAAUAUAAA